GUGAAGAUGAUGUAAGAGCUCCCAUUCCACAGACAAGAGGUGUUUUAGUGGAAGGUCCAUAUAGUAGAGGUAAAUACUUUGAACCUAGCUUGAAUAUAUUAUAUAAUGAUUUGGUUAAACUAUUUCCAACACCAAUACAUAACUGUAUUAUAUGCCUAACAGUCCUAUGAGUAUAGAAAUCAGAAAGGAAUGGAGUAAGUAAAAUACUUAAUUUGCUUUUUUAAGAGUUGCAUCCAGUGUCCCAGGGAAUCCGCAAUUGCAAUAUUUUAGCAGUUUGUGUAGCAUGAAACUGACAUUUGAACUGAAAUUAUUCUCGGGUUGGUCGCCUAGUUUUCGAAACGGGUGAAAACUAAAAUUCACAAACUUAUUCUCAAUCAUUAGGUUCAUUUGAAACAAGCGUUAUUAGAUGACGAAUAUGCCAAUAAUGGACCAUUUGCAUUAUAGACUAAAUUUUGAUCUAGACAAGUCUAGACAAAAAUUUCAUCACAGCUUGAAAGAGCAUCACAAAAUUAGUAAUAUUCCAAAGUUUCGUUGCGAAAUGUUGUAAAAUGCGGAUAAUAUAGCCUUGCGAAGUUUGCCGUUUUUCAAGUCAUUUUGUAUUACGCACGGGAAAUUGACAGCCCAAUCGGGUGUUGGGGCAUCAAUUUCCCGUUUGUAAUACAAAAUGACUGAAAAUUGCAAAUGUUGCAAGGCUAUAUCCACAUUUUACAACAUUUCGCAACGAAACUUUGGAAUAUUUCUAAUUUUGUGAUCAUGCUCUUUCAAGCUGUGAUGAAAUUUUUGUCUAGACCAAAAUUUAGUCUAUAAUGCAAAUGGUCCAUUAUAUGGUGCUCAGUAGUAUACACCCUUCCGGAAAGUAUAGAGCCUCGUUUUCGUGUAUCUGACAUGAGUUAAAGGUCGCGUCUCAAUCACGAAAACGAGACUCUAUAGCCAAAGUGACGUACUUUCCGGAAGCGUGUAUAUUCAGGGAACUUUUAUGUGUAUUUUGUUGUCCUAGUGUCAUUAAUUUGCCUUGUUGGGACUUUGAGUCCGUUUAUCCCUUAUCUAAGUCACCUUUUCCUGUUUGUAAUGUCUACUAUUUUUGUUUAAACGUAGUUUUGUAAAUUUUAGUGAGUUCGAUAUAUUAAAGCUUCUUAUUAUUAAAAUAGAAACAAUCAAACAUUCAUCUUCAGGAUAACUAUGACUAUAGUACACAGCAUGAAGAGCAAGCAAGCAAGUAAUAAAAUUACUACCGCCAUACAUUGAACGAAUCGUUCCAACUAAACUACCACGCACCCAUUCCCCCCAAGGAGGAGAUUUGUGCUGUCUGGAAGGGGUGGUGUGAAUGUUUUCUAGAUGACUCAUUCACAAAUUUGUUUCCAAUGCCAAUGGAAAUUGAAUUGCACCUUUUACAAAACUAGCAUGAAGUAACAUUGCUAAUCCUACUUAAAUUGCAGGAACCACUGAAUAUGUUAAUAAAAUACAAAACAAUGCUAAAUCCGAAAGUGAAAGAUGAUGAUUGAUGUAGUCGAAAGCUAGAGAAUAUUAAUAUUUUCAUUCGCAGAGUUGCCAUUGUUUUGUAUUUUACAGUAGAUUUCACGAAACUUUGACUACAAAUGUUCCGAACUUCGUUGUGAAGUUCGCAAGUUCGUUGCGAAGUUCAGAAGUAAAAGUUCAUAUUGGAAUUCACAAGCCAAUUUGUAAAAAAGUCUCUGAUUGGUCCCUGAAGUGAAAGAAGCCAAUCAAAUGCGUAGUUUACAAAUUGGUUUGUGAAUCUCAUGAUGAACUUUUGAACUUCGCAACGAACUUGCGAACUUGAUCCCAGCGUCAUACCCAGGUGCUUAUUUGUAAAUUUGUGGUCUUGUGGGUAUGAUCUAUAAUACACAGAAGCCCGCGAAUUGUAUUCUUUGCUACCUACACUAGCACAUGGAUUAUUAAUAGACGUACAAAUUAACACUCUUUUAAUAAUCCAUGCUAGCACCGAGGCUGGGUAAAUGCAAAUUUUAAUUGCGAUUUCAAAAUUGAAUAAUUUUCUAUGAAAUGAUGAUUUGUUAUUUCAGUUAGUCGCCCAAAACGACGUGGUAACCAAUCUGUAUUUGAUGCAUUCAGAGACUUUCAAGCUGAGGCCAGUAUGUAUCACUGACGACCGAAGUUUUAAACACUGUUUAAAACACCAAUGCUUUAGAUUUGUAGAAACGUAUAGUAAAAUAAUAAACUAUUUAUAAUAAAUAAACUAGAGGGAACUCAGAGACUGCAUACUUUCACCACCAAUAAGUCAAGUAUUCAUCCAUAAAUUAUUGUAUAGUUGGCAAUUGUUACUAUAGGUCCAAAACUGUUGUUUAGCUGAAUGGGUACACUCUUUUAAACUAAAUGGAUAAUUUUGUAAACUUGUGGUAGAAACAAUCUUACAAAAGAUGGAGAGCUUCAUGUCACAGAACAAGGGACACCUUUCCUUUGUUUGAGAGACAAAACCAUGACCUAAACUCCAUUGACCAUAUUUACGAAGUAAUGAAAAAAAUCCAAGGUGCUAAAUCAAAAUUUCCACUGGGUCAGAAGACGUGAUUUAAAAAAGGAAAUAACUAUUUUGAGGUGGUGUUCAAAUAGCCAAGAACAGUUGAACAGUCUAUUUAUUUUGUAUUGUUUAAGCUCAAUGUUUUUUUUUAAAUUUAGUUUAACAGUAUGAAUGUAGGAAGAGAUGAUUUCGCUGGCCUCAGAGUGACAAAACGUAACAAAGCAACGGUUAUACUAACACUGACCCUACUCCAAACACCAUCUCUAACCCUAACCCUGAUCCUAACCCUAACCUAACCCUACUCCAAAUUCGUUUCUAAACCAAUUUUGAAGAAAAAAAUUUUGACGAAAUGUCAGUCUGAGGUCAGCGAAAUAGUUGAUGCCAUGAAUGUAUGCAUGCAUGACGUUUUCGGUAUGAUUUGAAACUUUCAAUUCUGACCUGAAAGUUUUAACCUAUUUUAUCACAGGAGAACAAGAACAGCAGUUACGUGGCAAGGUUGGCAAGGCUAAACGCAAGACUCUAAAGGAUCUCUUUAAACCUCCACUAGAUAUUAUGCACAAAGGAACAUUUGAGACUGUGAGUAUAAUAUAAAUUUCGAUUUAUUGAUUGAUUUGUUGAUUCAAAAGUUACUUGCUGUACAAACUGAAUUGCGUAACUUUAAAAGUAUUACUCUUUUGCCCCGACGUACAGACGAGCAAGUUUUCCUUGACAUGUUUUCCUUAACAAGUUUUCCUUGACAUGUUUUCCUUGACAUGUUUUCCUUAACAAGUUUUCCUUGACAUGUUUUCCUUGACAUGUUUUCCUUAACAAGUUUUCCUUGACAUCUUUUCCUUGACAUGUUUUCCUUAACAAGUUUUCCUUGACAUGUUUUCCUUGACAUGUUUUCCUUCACAUGUUUUCCUUCACAUGUUUUCCUUGACAUGUUUUCCUUGACAUGUUUUCCUUGACAAGUUUUCCUUGACAACUUUUCCUUGACAUGUUUUCCUUGACAUGUUUUCCUUGACAUGUUUUCCUUGACAUGUUUUCCUUGACAUGUUUUCCUUGACAACUUUUCCUUGACAACUUUUCCUUGACAUGUUUUCCUUGACAACUUUUCCUUGACAUGUUUUCCUUGACAUGUUUUCCUUGACAUGUUUUCCUUGACAAGUUUUCCUUGACAUGUUUUCCUUGACAUGUUUUCCUUGACAAGAUUUCCUUGACAACUUUUCCUUGACAACUUUUCCUUGACAUGUUUUCCUUGACAUGUUUUCCUUGACAUGUUUUCCUUGACAACUUUUCCUUGACAUGUUUUCCUUGACAUGUUUUCCUUGACAAGAUUUCCUUGACAACUUUUCCUUGACAUGUUUUCCUUGACAAGUUUUCCUUGACAUGUUUUCCUUGACAACUUUUCCUUGACAUGUUUUCCUUGACAUGUUUUCCUUGACAAGUUUUCCUUGACAUGUUUUCCUUGACAACUUUUCCUUGACAACUUUUCCUUGACAAGUUUUCCUUGACAUGUUUUCCUUGACAUGUUUUCCUUGACAUGUUUUCCUUGACAUGUUUUCCUUGACAACUUUUCCUUGACAACUUUUCCUUGACAACUUUUCCUUGACACGUUUUUGACAAGUUUACUUUCCGGUGUGUACAGUCAACAAGUUUUCCUUUCCUUGUUGCUCGUGUGCACGGAAUGUUGUUAUUUAAAAUAAACAUUUAUCUCACUUCAAGGCCGCCUUUUGUUUGCCAGAAGUAUUUCUUGUACACUUGCCAAGUUUUCCUUAGCGGCCAUACGAACAAAUUUUCCUUGUCCAAAAAGCUGCGUGGUCAAAUGUUUUCAUUUGUUGCCGUACACAUGCACGAGCAAAUAAAACUUGUCAAGGAAAAACUGCGCGUCUGUAUAGUGCUUUACCCAAUAGACCCAGUGGCGUAACGGAGGAACAGGGGGCCCUCAGGCAUAUUUGGUGUGGGGGCCCCUGUUGACUGUUGUCAUUGUUUGACUCAUGAGAUAUAUUUUUAUAUUGAGUAUUUAUAGAAUGUAGUCUGGAAAAUUCCAUGUCUAUAGCAAUAACAGUCUCCAACACAUGUCACAGCUAAUAAGAAUAACAUUUGUUUCAUUUGAGAUGGAAUAAAAAAACCAGCUACCGUUGUCGAUGGAGGUUUAAUUCUUUAGCAUUAUUAAUUUUGCAUUUUCCCAUUGAUUCUUAACCUGCAUUUUUUACAUUUUCUAAUUUUCUGGGCGAUAGGCCGUGGGUGAUGGGGCCCCUAACUGUCGGGGGCCCUUAGUUUUGGAACUAACCCUACCCAAUGAGCGCUACGGCACUGCUUAGACCCAGCAAAACAUUGUUCCCAGUCAGCCAGCCAGUUGUACGGGACAUUUUUAAACAAAGUGAAUUGUCUUCACUACAUUUCUUAAUAAUAUACAACAAACAAGUCCCGAGACAUAACGUUUAAUGAAUAACGUGGAAGGAGAGCAGAAUAUAAUUGAUAUUUCAAGUGGUAAACAAAGUAACCAGCGGUGAACUCGUGGCACCUGCCGGAGCUCCGGUGGCCGCCAGCUUAUUUUGAAAGCCCUGUGCGAAUUCGUAUUUAAAAUGUUGCUACAGUAUUAGCCUGAGUAAACAGCCGCCUAUUAUGGCUCAUGCCUCUCAAUGAUGUUUAUUCUUGUGAGGAACGAGCAAUAAUGGGCGGCUGUUUACUCAGGCUACUACAGUAUAUGCGGAUAUACCUCUACAUAUAAAAAAUCAUCACUUUCAAGUGCUUCUAAAAAUUUCUUCAGUGAGUUACAAACUGUUUGAAAACGUGUUUGUACAAUAAUUGGUAACAAUAUUUCCCUGGUUUUCUUCUAUACAGUAUAUAUUUAUGUUUUGUUCAUUUGGAUGACUUUACGACUCCCUGGACCUCUCCUCACAGCCGCCUACUUUAUCAACACAGCUUCUAUGGUCCUUCGGUGGCGAAGUGGUUAGCGCACCUGCCUUCCACCUCUAAGGUCGCAGGUUCAAAUCUCAGUGAGAACCUUCUCAAUGCGAUUCAAACCCAGUCCUCAUGUGAAAAGAGCAAAAAGUCAACGCUAUGCCGAAAGUCGCGGGUUUUCUCCGGGUUUUCUCCGGGUACUCUGGUUUCCUCCCACAGGGAAAGUUGGUGGGUUAGAUAAAAGGGCCCACAGUAAUUGGCAUAUGCUGUUGUUGCAACCCUGCCCUAGUUGGCAAAGCUAAAUAAAUAAUAAAUAAUUCUGAAAGCCCUGUUCGCAUAUCAAGUACAUGUGCACUUGACCAUGUUAAUUCUGCACCAUACAGUAUACCGUAAUUCAUUAGUAAUUCAUAAGCGUAUUGGCAACCAUGUCAACCAUAAUAUGUCACGUGAAAAGGUUUUAUACCUUCAGGAUAAAACUCAUCUUCAUUAGUAUUCUUUAUAUAAAAGCCCAUCCUAUUAGUAUUCUUUAUAUAAAGAUCAUCUAUUGUAGUCGUGUUUGAAGCUAUUCAAAACACUUGUAGUCGUGUUUUAUCUUAUCUAAAAGCACUCCUAUACGUGUGUUUUAAAUAGUACUUAAUGAAGAACUGGUAACAUUGAUAAAUGUUGAAGAUUGGUUUCCUAUAUUUAAUGAACAGUGAACAUAUUUAAAAAUUUCCUCAAGGCUAAGGUUGCAGGAGAACAAGAGCGAAAAUGGUUGAUUGUAAAUAUCCAGGACAGUAAGGAAUUUAAAUGUCAACAGUUGAACAGAGAUGUUUGGAGUAACGAAGCUGUUAGGAAUAUUAUGGCUGAGCAUUUUAUUCUCUGGCAGGUAACAUAUAGCAUAUAGUUAUCAUUAACACAUCAUUCAUUAACUGUAGCUUUACAUGCAACAGGGAUUAAAACAUGCUUCAGAAAUGUCGUAAGCUAAGGUCGUAAGCUCUAUAACUCUAGUGUAAGUGGGAGAACCAGUGUUGCAAUUACUCAUAACUUCUGAUAUAUGGCACAUAGAAGUAACGGAAAUUAUUUCUUCAAAAAUAUGUGUGUAGUAUAGUGUAUUUGCAUUUUGAUGUCAGACUUAUAGAUUGUUCCUUAGUAUAUUUGAAUAAAUGCACUGCAACAAAUUGUGUAUGCGCUAUCGUUUGUAGGAUAACUUGUUCUUUCGUGAUGAACAUUUUAAACUUGAUAUAGGAUUACGUUUAAUAUCGUAAAAAUUUGGUAUACAAGAUUGAUAAGCAUAUGAUAGUAAAAAAGACAGCUACUGUAAUUCACGUUGACCUCUGAAAAACAGUUCAUAGCAUUUUUCAAUGUCCUUGCCCGCUAUUCUAUUCACCUCCAUUGUGUUUUUCGCUCUGCAGUUCGCUUCGAGUUUCUGCAGUUUUAUACAACCUUCACUGAUUUAGCUGUAGAUGAACAGUACGGUGCAAGCUUUUGCAAACAUUCUGUUAUAGGUAUACCACGAUAGUGAUGAUGGCGACAGAUACAUUCAAUUUUAUCACGUUACAAAAUUUCCUCACCUGGCAGUUCUUGAUCCUAGAACAGGUAUAAAAUAACCAAAUAGUGAUUGGCUUAUUUUUAAUUUAUUAACUUUGCCUAUAGUCAAGUUAUCUAUAAGCAGUAGCUAUUUGGGCCACAGGCAACCUGCAGGCGUUUGAGGUGAGACCCCUAGUGGAAUAAUUUAUUUACAUUAAUUCCAAUUCAGAAAAUUACAUGUUCCAAGAGAAUUGUAGUAGACAGACUUGCAGGCGGACGGACGGGCGGACGGACGGACAGAUCGCUA